UGAAAGAAUGGUUAAUCAUUAAUCAAACACAAAAAAAAAGAAAACAUUUCAAUAAAAAAACCUACCAUGUCCCUCGACUCCGAAGACUCACCGUCUCCUUCUUUCGACAGGGACUGGUUCUUCCCUUCACCUUCUUUCAUCCACGAGUCACCUCCUAAAUCUCCAAAAUCCCACCGCAGAUUCUCCACUACUCCCAAGCAUUCUCCUGAUUCCAUCCUCUCUAAAUCGCAGUCUUUUCGACCAUCCUCCUCUAUUCCCCCCCCAACCACUUCUAAAUACGGCAUACUUCGCCGGCGCGUGGAAUUCCCUCGACCACUAAUUAAACCUUCAAAACAAGAACAACAUCAUUCCUUUUUGGACCGGAAACCCGUUGUUCCCAGUGAGAAGAAGCAGUCUACUGAGAAGGUUUCUUCCGGGCCAUCGGUUCAUCGGGUCAGAUUCAGAUGGGAUUUGACCAUCACAGUAGCUAUUGUUAUUACUGCUUUGGCUUCGUCGGUACACAAGAAUUUUACCUUACAUAACCAAGUAAUUGAUUUGCAGGAUCAAAUAUUGAAACUAAAUGUUACAUUGCGAGCGUGUAAUUCAUUAUCCAAUGUAGAUGCUUCUGAUUCAGUAAUGCAGGAGAUUGAUGAUUAUGAUUAUGGUGGUGAUAAUGGGUUAAAGAUUUUGGCUUUGAUUGUUUCACUUACGCUAUUGUCUAUUCCAGUUCUUGCUUUCAAGUACAUUGAUUUUGUAUCAACAUCGAGAUCGUCGGGUAAUAUCUGGGAAGCGGUGCUAUUGAAUAAGCAGCUUGCCUAUCGGGUGGAUGUUUUCUUAUCGGUUCGUCCAUAUGCGAAGCCUUUGGCGUUGCUAGUUGCGACACUGCUGGUUAUUUGUCUUGGUGGCUUGGCAAUGUUUGGUGUGACAAAUGAUAGUUUAGCGGAUUGUCUUUGGUUGUCUUGGACAUUUGUAGCUGAUUCGGGCAAUCAUGCUAAUUCAGAGGGGAUUGGUCCAAGGCUUGUUUCUGUUUCUAUUAGCUUUGGUGGGAUGCUUAUUUUUGCUAUGAUGCUUGGGCUUGUGUCUGACGCUAUUUCUGAGAAGUUCGAUUCGUUAAGGAAAGGAAGAAGCAAAGUGGUUGAGCAAAACCAUACUCUAAUUCUUGGGUGGAGUGAUAAAUUAGGAUCGCUGCUGAAUCAGCUUGCUAUAGCCAAUGAGAGUUUGGGGGGAGGAAUUGUUGUGGUGAUGGCUGAACGAGACAAAGAAGAGAUGGAAAUGGAUAUUGCUAAAAUGGAGUUCGACUUCAAAGGAACAUUUGUCAUAUGCAGAAGCGGGAGCCCUUUAAUUCUGGCUGACCUGAAAAAGGUAUCUGUCUCCAAGGCCCGUGCAAUAAUUGUCCUUGCUGAAGAUGGAAAUGCUGACCAGAGUGAUGCUCGUGCAUUGAGAACCGUCUUAAGUCUUAUAGGAGUGAAAGAAGGGCUGAAAGGGCACAUUGUCGUGGAGCUAAGUGAUCUUGACAAUGAGGUUCUUUUGAAACUUGUUGGUGGAGAUCUUGUUGAAACUGUUGUAGCUCAUGAUGUUAUUGGCCGCUUGAUGAUUCAAUGUGCUCGGCAGCCAGGACUUGCACAGGUUAAUUGCUGCACUCUUAAUACUCUAGUCACAUUCUUUGACAUCAGUAUCUGGGAAGACAUACUCGGGUUUGAAAAUUGUGAGUUUUAUAUCAAAAGAUGGCCACAGUUGCACGGCAUGCAAUUUGAGGACAUACUAAUCAGUUUUCCUGAUGCUAUACCUUGUGGGAUCAAGGUUGCUUCCUUUGGGGGUAAAAUUAUCCUGAAUCCUGAAGACUCAUAUGUUCUACAAGAAGGUGAUGAAGUCCUUGUCAUAGCAGAAGAUGACGAUAGCUAUGCUCCAGCAGCAUUACCUACGGUCAAAGAAGCAUCAUUCAUGCACAUUGCCCAACCUGCAAGAAUGCCACAGAAGAUUCUACUUUGUGGAUGGAGGAGGGACAUUGAUGAUAUGAUUGUGGUGUUGGAUGCAUUUUUAGCACAAGGUUCAGAGCUCUGGAUGUUCAAUGAUGUUCCUGAAAAAGAGAGGGAAAGGAAGCUUAUUGAUGGUGGCCUGGACUUGAGUAGGUUGGAAAAUAUACAACUGGUUAAUCGAGAGGGAAAUACAGUCAUAAGACGUCAUUUAGAAAGCCUUCCUUUGCAAUCUUUUGAUUCGAUUUUAAUUUUGGCUGACGAGUCAGUUGAAGAUUCAGCCAUGCAAGCAGACUCCAGAUCUCUUGCCACAUUACUAUUGAUUCGUGAUAUUCAGUCGAAGCGUCUCCCAAUGUCAAACCAGGUUCAUGGAGGAAGCUUCUCACAAGACACAUGGAUUGGGGAGAUGCAGCAGGCUUCAGAUAAAUCAGUAAUAAUAAGUGAAAUUCUGGACCCAAGAACUAAAAAUUUACUGUCCAUGUCAAAGAUCAGCGAUUAUGUUCUAUCAAAUGAGCUUGUCAGCAUGGCGUUGGCCAUGGUUGCAGAGGAUCAACAAAUAAAUGAUGUAUUAAAAGAGCUCUUCGCAGAGGAGGGAAAUGAGCUACAAAUAAGGCAAGCGGAUCUUUACCUUUUUGAAGGCGAGGAAUUGAGUUUCUAUGAAGUACUCAUUCGAGCCAGACAGAGAAGAGAGAUUGUCAUUGGAUACCGUGUAUCUAAUGCUGAAAGAGCUGUUAUCAAUCCACCCGCCAAAAGUGAGAGAAGGAGGUGGUCACUAAAAGAUGUUUUUGUGGUUAUUGCACAGAAGGAAUGGGAAUGAGACAUUUUUGUUUUCACACACCCUGAACAGGAUAUAUUCUUUGAAAAAAAUCAGAUGGGCACCUAGAAAACAGCAACAGCAAGUGUUCUGCAGUUUCUGCUGAGUCUGGCAAAAGAAGAAGAAAAAAAUACCGCAGAUGUACAUAUGUGCAACGGGAGAAAGUACAUUCACAUCUAGAAUAUUUCUUGUACAAAAGUUCAACCUCAGAAGUUUUGGAUUUUUGGCAAGGAUAGAGUUCCCGGUCAAUUGGUAAAGUCGAUUGCCAACUACUGUGAAAAUUCUAGUAGAUUUUUUCCCACAAUUUGCUUAUACUGCGAUGAGGCAGCAAGCAAUUAAACAACUCAUUGUUCUGAAUUAACAUGCUAGAGAGCCUAAGAGCUUUAUGUAAAAUGUUUAUAGUUGCGAACAGAAUCAUGUACUUGUAUUACAAACAACAUAUUUGGUUACGAAAGAGUUGUUCUGUUUCCCAGGACGUGAUUGUAGA